GGACAAAGCUAUAUUUCGAGCAUUUGAAGCUUAUUGGGACGAUGAAUUGUUAAAGUACUGGGAUAAACAUCCUACACGUGAUUUAAACAGGGAAAGAUUUUCUGAAGUUUUCACACCUACAUGGCAGAAAGCAAUGUCCAUUGGAAAUAUUACAAGCGGCUUUCGAGCUACGGGAAUAUGUCCUUAUGAUAAGGAUGUUCUUCCCAUUGAAGCAUUUGCCCCAAGUCUUGCAACUGAGAAACCUUACCUGGAGACGACCGCCGCUGCCGAUGAUUCGGAAUAUGAUUCAGAUGACUACCUGCCUUUAGGGUGGCAUCUUCUCAGAAGAUCUUGCAGUUUAGAUGGUUUCAUAGCGUCAUUGCCCAAAACUUUGUUGCAUAAAAGGCACAUAGGCGAUUGUUUGUCCGGCAAUGAUGGAAUGAAGCCAAAUUUCAAAUAA